AUGGGGAGGCGGAGCCAAGCUGGAUAUCAGCCCCCAGCCAGACCUCCUUGUGCACUGUGCAACCUGGGCGACCAGACGGGGCAGCUCUCUGUGAAUGAAGGGACUGCACCCUCAAAUUUAAUCUCUGUCUCUCUUCCCUUCUCCAACCCCCUCCUUUCUCUCUCCUUCCUCAUCCCCCCAAUCCUCUGGGCUCACCCACCCACAUCUGUCUGUUCCUCUCUGCGCCCCAAACCUCCCCUGCACGGCCCCGCCCGCCAUCUGCGGCCCCGCCCACCGAUCAAUCGGUCCCUGCCGCCACCUGUGCAUUCCUCUCCAUCUCUCCGCCUGCCCUGCGCCCACCUCGCCCCACCGUCCAGCCUCCUCGGUCGUUCCGCGCGCAGCCUGGCGGCCCCCGCCGAACCCCCGGGCAGCCCCGCGGGCGCGGCGGCACGGGCGCCCCCGCCAGCAGAGCUGUGCCACGGCUACUACGACGUCAUGGGCCAGUACGACGCCACCUUCAACUGCAGCACCGGCUCCUACCGCUUCUGCUGCGGCACCUGCCACUACCGCUUCUGCUGCGAGCACCGCCACAUGCGCCUGGCGCAGGCCUCGUGCUCCAACUACGACACGCCGCGCUGGGCCACCACGCCGCCGCCUCUGGCCGGGGGCGCGGGGGGCGCAGGGGGCGCGGGCGGGGGGCUCGGGCCCGGCCAGGCUGGGUGGCUGGAAGGGGGCCGGGCAGGGGGUGCCGGAGGGCGCGGAGGCGAGGGCCCCGGGGGUAGCACGGCCUAUGUGGUGUGCGGAGUCAUCAGCUUCGCCCUGGCCGUGGGCGUCGGCGCCAAAGUGGCCUUCAGCAAGGCGUCGGGUGCGCCCAGGGCGCACCGCGAGAUCAACGUGCCCAGGGCGCUGGUGGACAUUCUGAGGCACCAGUCAGGGCCUGGGACCCGCCCAGACCGGGCCAGAAGCAGCUCUCUGACCCCUGGGGUUGGGGGUCCCGACAGCAUGGGACCAAGGACACCCAAAAAUCUUUACAACAGCGUGAAGUCCUCCAAUCUUGAUAACCUGCACCACAACUACCUGCACCUCAGCGUCAACAGCCCCAAGCACCACGCCGCCACGCUGGACUGGCGUGCGGCGCCUCCACCCAGCCCCUCCCUGCACUACUCCACGCUGUCCUGUUCUCGAUCUUUCCACAACCUCUCGCACCUGCCUCCAUCCUAUGAGGCUGCCAUGAAAUCGGAACUCAACCGCUACUCCUCCCUCAAGAGACUGGCCGAGAAGGACCUGGACGAGGCCUACCUGAAGCGCUCGCACCUGACCGAGAUGCCCCGUGGUACGCUGCCCCUGCACGCGCUGCGGCGCCCGGGCACCGGCGGCUACCGCGUGGACGCCUGGGGCCCCGAGGAGCUGAGCCUGGCGCCCGCGCCCCACCCGCGGCGCGUCAUGUCGCAGGAGCACCUCCUGGGCGACGCAGGCCGCGCGCGCUACGAGUUCACGCUGCCCCGCGCGCGCCUGGUGUCCCAGGAGCACCUGCUGCUGUCCUCGCCCGAGGCCCUGCGCCAGAGCCGCGAGCACCUGCUCUCGCCACCGCGCAGCCCUGCGCUCCCCGAGCCCGGCGCGCGCGGCCUGGCCGCCUCGCACUCCAAUCUACCCGGCCUCCUCGUGACGUCAGCGCAGAGCGAGGGGCCUGCGAGAUCAUUCAUCAUCAUCAUCAUCAUCAUCAUCAUUGCUGUGCCACGUGACGUCACCGCCAAGUCCCUGCCUCUGAUGUCACGGCAGCUCACCAGACAGGCGGCUCCCUACCCCCUGUGA